AUGGCACUGUCGGAGGCGACCCAAGAAGCGACGUGGCUCAAGACGUUCAUGCGUGAGCUCGGCGAAGAAGCAGGCGAUGACACUCUAACUAUCUAUGAAGACAAUCAAGGUGCUAUUGCGUUGGCCAAGAACCCAGAGUUCCACAAACGCACCAAGCACAUCGACAUUCGCUACCACUUCGUGCGAGAAAAGGUCAAAAAGAAUCAAGUCGUGCUACAGUACUGUCCGACGCAAGAUAUGCUCGCUGACAUCAUGACCAAGGCAAUCGCAGCGCCACAGUUUACCAUCCUCCGUACUAAACUCGGCAUCACUGUCGGUGUCGCUACCGAGUCGAGUGGGAGUGUUGUAAAAGAAGCGACUCGGCAUGCAAACGACAACCACAAGAACGUACGUGCAGACAAUUAG